GUGAAUGUAAACAGGUUGUAUAAGCGCUUUGAGUGCUCAUACUGAGUAGAAAAGCGCUAUAUAAGAACUAGUCCAUUUACCAUUUACCAUUUGUGUAUUUUGUGAAAGAUCAGGUCACAGUUUGUACAAGUGUAGAAGAUUUCUGGAAAAACCAACAGUAGAACGACACAAGUUUGUUCAAGAAAGUAAACUGUGCUUUGGCUGUCUCAAACCUGGACAUCAUUCGAGAGACUGUAAGAAUAGAAAUACUUGCAGUACAUGCCAGAAAAGGCAUCCGACUUGCUUACAUGAGGAUCGGAAGGAAGAACAGAAGUCAGGAAAGUUUGAAAGAACAAAGGAAGGCGAUAGCUGCAGGAAAAGAAACGAACAAGUAGAAGAAACCAGAGCAAGACAAAUAAGUGAGGUGACAUCUAACAGAGUUCAGCAUGACAACACCAGCACUCAGACAUCCACAAUUAUUCCUGUGUGGGUUUCAGCAGUGAAAGAGCCUAACAAAGAAACACUUGUUUAUGCACUCCUUGAUACACAGAGUGACACAACUUUCAUUCUUGAAGAGACAGCACGUUCUCUAAAGGCAAAGGGUGAACAGGUCAAACUCAAGUUAUCUACCAUGGCCUCUAAGACUACUGUUGUAUCAUGCCAAAGGCUCUCUGGUUUGCAAGUCAGAGGAUUCAAUUCAGAGAAGAAAAUAACUCUUCCUACAGCUUACACAAGGAAAUUCAUUCCUGCAAAUAGAGAUCAUAUCCCUACACCAGAGACAGCUAGGGCAUGGGCUCAUCUUGAGCACAUCGCUGAUAAGUUAGCUCUUCCUCAAAGUUGUGAAGUUGGCUUACUAAUUGGCUACAACUGUUCACAAGCUCUUCUUCCUAGAGAAGUGGUGUCUGGUGAAGAAAAUCAACCAUUUGCACAGAGAACAGACUUAGGAUGGAGCAUUAUUGGAUAUGCCAGCCCAUACAUGGAUGGUGGAGACGCUAUUGGAGUGAGCCAUCAAGUUAUCACAAGGCAAGUGACACCAUCACUCCAGCUUCCAUCCAGUCGCAACCAUGAAGUUCACUAUGUGUGCAGGACACAGAUCAAAGAAGUAAUCUCAUCUGACAUAAUUAAGGCACUUGAAUGUGACUUUAAUGAGAAGGUCGCUGAGGACAACUACUUCUCCCAAGAUGAUCUUCAGUUUUUAUCAAAACUGAAACAGGGAAUCCGGCACAAAGAAGAUGGUCAUGUUGAGAUGCCUCUCCCAUUUAAAGGGGAACGGCCAAACUUACCAGACAAUAUCCAGUGUGCUGUCCAUCGCCUCAAGUACCUAGAAAGAAAGCUAAGGAGAGACAGACAGUAUUAUCAGGACUACAAAACCUUUAUGGAGGAGACUAUUACUCACGGAGAUGCUGAGAAGGUCCCAGAUGCAGAUCUUCACAAACACCCAGUGUGGUAUAUCCCACACCAUGGUGUUUAUCAUCCACAAAAGCCUGGCAAAAUACGCAUUGUUUUUGACUGUUCUGCCCGGUCUCAGGGAACAUCCUUAAAUGAUCACCUUUUGACAGGUCCAGAACUGACAAAUUCCCUUGUUGGUGUCCUGUGUCGCUUUCGCAAAGGAAAAAUAGCAAUCAUGUGCGACAUAGAACGCAUGUUCCACCAAUUUCAUGUCAAGACUGAGGACCAAGAUUACCUCCGCUUCCUCUGGUGGGAGAAUGGAGAUUUGGAGUCGGAGCCAUCAGUGUAUCGUAUGAAAGUCCAUUUAUUUGGUGCUGCUUCUUCCCCAGGCUGCGCUAACUAUGGACUUAAACACCUUGCCGCAAUUUCAAGAGAAAACUUCAGCAAAAAAUCUGUCAGCUUCAUAGAAAGAAAUUUUUAUGUAGAUGACGGCUUGACAAGUGUGUCCACUGAAACUGAAGGAAUCCAGCUGGUGAAUGAAGCAAGACAGCUCUGCAGCAGAGGCAACUUAAAGCUGCACAAGUUCACCUCCAACAGCAAGAAUGUAUUGUCAUCCGUUCCCGAGGAAGAACGUGCUGGUGGAGCCAAAAACUUGGAUAUGGCUCUCGGUGAACCAUACAUGGAGAGAGCGCUUGGUGUCCAAUGGUGUGUCACAUCAGAUGAGUUCCAGUUUAGAGUAGUGGUAAAGGAAAACCCUAUCACUAGAAGAGGAGUAUUAUCCACAGUGGCAUCAGUGUUUGAUCCACUCGGAUUUGUUGCACCAUUCAUCCUUGCAGGGAAGAAAAUCCUCCAGCAAAUGUGUCAUGAGAAAGUUAGCUGGGAUGAUCCUCUUCCGGAUCAUCUGCAGCCUCAGUGGGAAUCCUGGUUGAGAGGUCUUCAAGAUCUAGCCAGCAUUAAGGUACAACGAUGUUUUUCGCCAUCAAGCUUGGGAGAAAUCGAACUUCAUGAGCUUCACCAUUUUUCAGACGCCAGUGCUUCAGGUUAUGGAGAGUGUUCAUACCUGAGAAUAGUGAGUGCAUCUGGAGAAGUACACUGUUCCCUAGUGAUGGGGAAAGCAAGGGUGGCUCCUUUAAAGGUGACAACUAUACCCAGGCUCGAGCUCUCUGCAGCCGUUGUAGCUGUACGCACAAGUGACAUGCUCCGGGAGGAGCUCGAAAUAGAAAGCCUGAAGGAAUACUUCUGGACAGAUUCAAGAGUCGUCCUUGGCUACAUCAACAAUGAUGCAAGGAGAUUUCACGUUUUUGUAGCAAAUCGUGUCCAGCGUAUUAGGCAGAGCACUCAUCCUGACCAAUGGAACUAUGUUGCCUCAGAGGACAACCCUGCUGACCACUCUUCUAGGGGACUGACAGCUGUACAGCUAAAGACAUCGAACUGGUUUAGAGGCCCAGAUUUUCUGUGGCAACUACAGCUCCCAAGUAGGUUGAUCAUGGUGGGAGAGAUUUCAGAAAAUGACCCAGAACUACGAAAGGCUCAUGCCCACAACCUUCAAUCAAGGGAAGAGCGGUCGCUGCUUGAUCGUCUUGAAAGGUUUUCAGAUUGGACAAGAGCAGUACGGGCAGUAGCCACACUGAAAUGUAGAGCGAAGGGCCAGAAACUAAGGUCCAAUGAACCCACAACCUUGGAAGAACGUAAGGAAGCAGAAGUUUUUCUUAUAAGACUGGUUCAAGCCAUGCACUUCCCUAAGAACACAAUGAGUCGUAAGCAAAAUGGACAAAUCAAAGCAACUGACAAGACAAACAAAUUGCACAAAUUAAACCCAUUCCUUGAUGAGCAGGGUGUGCUCAGGGUAGGAGGGCGUUUAACCCACUCCAGUCUUCACCCUCACGUGAAACACCCAGCUAUCCUUCCCAAGGAAAACCAUUUGUCAACACUCCUUAUCAAGCAUUAUCAUGAAAGGGUGCAACACCAGGGACGGGGUAUGACUGUUAAUGAACUGCGAGCCAAUGGUGUUUGGAUUCUUGGAUGCAGUAAGGCAGUCUCGUCACAUAUUUACAACUGCACAAGGUGUAGGAAGUAUAGACGCAGCACUGAAGAACAACGGAUGGCUGACCUCCCACAAGAGCGUGCAGAGUUGACUCCACCCUUUACAUACUGUGGGAUGGACUGCUUUGGACCCAUCUAUAUUAAAGAGUGAAGUGCAACUCCGAAGUUGAUCGUAUUUCUCCCGUUUGGUUACAGCAGGCAAUGAGGUGCGUUCAAGGUGUCUGUUAAUUUGAGUUUCCAUGUAAAUGUGAUGAAACAGGCAUUUUAUGUCUGUAAACCUAACAUGUACUGGGUUUAUAUUGGUCAUAGUGUUAUUAUAAGGCAUGUUACAUGAUGUCUAAAUGAUUGAAGUUUGCUGAAUGUGUAAGAAAGGAAUUAAUGGUUACUGUUUAGGAAUUGUGAGGUUUCUAAAUACAAUUUUUAUUUUAUUAGUUCUCACGAUGGCAACGCUGAGUGAUCCUGUUGGUGAGCUUGGAAUAAACCAUCUGUAUAUAAAGAACUUGUCCUCGUGGUGACUGACG